UACGCCCCCUUUUGUCCGUCAAUCGACCUGCUUGUGCUUAUGAUCGCUUAUCUAUUGAGAUCUGGGCUCGCUGUUAAAAGUAUUUUGCCUUCGAUCCAGACUCUAAAACUCUGCCAAACUAUGUCUAAGUCAGCGAUCGUGUUACUCGCCGAGGGUGCUGAAGAGAUGGAAGUUAUUACACCGGUUGACACCCUUCGCCGGGCAGGCGUUAAAGUGACGCUUGCUGGUCUUGCUGGCAGUGAGCCUGUAAAAUGCAGCCGUGACGUUCUAGUAGUUCCUGAUGAGGCCCUUGAAAGUGCUGCUGGUAAAGGCCCAUUUGAUGUUGUAAUUCUUCCUGGUGGAUUGAAAGGCGCUCAAAAUUUGCUUGAGUCAGCCGCUGUUGGUGAGUUAAUCCAAAAGCAGGAAGCAGAAGGAAGAAUUGUCGCUGCCAUCUGCGCUGCUCCUAACGCAUUGAAACAGCAUGGUGUUGGAAAAGGCAAGAAAAUCACCUCAUACCCCACAUCUCAGGAAAAAUUGGAAAAAGGAGGCGAAUACACUUAUUUGCAAGACAGAGUUGUCGUUGAUGGCAACAUCAUCACUAGUCGAGGACCAGGAACCGCUCUGGAAUUUUCUCUGGCUAUUGUGGAGGCGCUUGUGGGAAAGGAUAAGGCGCAAGAAGUGGCCAAUGGCAUGCUUUUUAAGCAAUAAGUACUGUAUCUUUUCAAUUUCUGGCAUUCUUAAAUUAGCCAAAGUGAUACUCAACUGAUAGAAUUGAUUAUUUAUCAGCUUAAAAAUUUGUACAAAAGAAAAUAAAAGCUGCUAUGAACCAUA